AUGACAUACCUACUUCCUGGUGCUGAGAUCUGGGCUUUGCUGCAUAAACUUCAGUCUCAGUAUCAUUUAGGUUUGAUAACAAAUGGAACAUCUCGUGCUCAGUGGGAGAAGAUACAGGGAUUAGGUCUUCAAAACUGCUUUGACUGUAUAUUGGUAUCUGGAGAUCUGCCUUGGGAAAAACCUCAAAAAGCAAUAUUUUUAGAGGCAUGCAAACAGCUUCAGACAGAACCAGAACACUGUCUCAUGGUUGGUGACAAACUUGAAACUGACAUCUGUGGUGCACUGUUGGCUGAUAUUGGAACAACUGCAUGGGUUCCACUUACAGGACAACAAGAACUGGAUCCACGGCCAGACUUCAUACUGAAUUCCAUACUUGAGCUGCCUGAAGCUUUGCAUAUGCUUUCUGGAUCAAAGGCAUUUUCCUACUCACACAGAUCAGUCCCGUCUCCUGACAUAAAAUCAGAAAGUAGUAAUGUAUGCAACAGCUUGAGCUAG